UUGUGUUGGUCAUAAGACCCGCUAGACCUCCCAGUUUUGCUGCGUCUUUUUUUAGCUGACCUUCCAAGAAAGCCCAGGCCACUAUCUUCCUUCUCUUUCAGAAGAAAAAGAAUGAAGACUGUUUGUUUUUUGGUUCUUUGUGCUCUCUUUGCCUACGCUCAGUCUCAAAGUAGUGGAGAUGUAAGACUGGUCAAUGGAACUAACACGGGAGGUCCUGUGGGCCGACUUGAGAUUUAUCUCAACGGCGCUUGGACCACCGUCUGCGCUGAUGACGGAUUUUGCACUAACGUGGCAACUGUUGUAUGCAGGCAGUUGGGAUUCUCAACUAUAGGUGCUCAAGCUUAUGGUUUGGCCCUGUACGGUCAAGGUUCUGGCACUGUUGGUGCACAGAAUUUCAACUGCAAUGGCUCUGAGACCAGUGUCAGCCAGUGUACCUACACUACUCCUUCCACCUGCCCUCACUCAAUGGACGCAGCUGUCAGCUGUCGUUUCUCAACUCUUUGCAGUAACCGAGGGCAUUCUGGCUGCUGCUCAUCAGGCUGUUAUGUUAGCUCCGGUGCUUGUUGGUGUGAUGCUAGUUGUCAUACUUAUAAUGACUGUUGUCCAGGGAUCGAAUACACCUGUCCAGCUGGUGGAGUUCCCCCUCCUUCUCUUCCACCUGCAAGCACAUCAUGCAACACAGUUGGUGACAUUGAUUUUAUUGGAGGUGCUGCAUCUGAUGGAAGAUUAAAGGUCUGUGAUACAGACUACAGAUGGAAGACAGUUUGUAGCAGUGGCUUUGAUAACAACGAAGCUACUGUCAUCUGUCGCUCACUGGGACUCAGCACAUCAAACUUCACUAUAUACCCUGUUUCUCAGUACGGUCAAGGUACUGAGGACAUUUAUGCAAAAAACCUCUCCUGUACAACUGGUAACAGCGAGGCCUACCUCACUGAUUGUGCUGGUUCUGAUGUCUGCUGUGGUCAUCACAAUGAUGUUGGUCUUGCCUGUCAGCCUGCUUGUACUAAUGGCCAAGCUCGUUUUGUGGGUGGAUCAACCUCAAUGGAGGGACGUCUAGAGAUAUGCUAUAAUGGAAGAUGGGGAACUGUCUGUGAUGAUUUUUGGGGUAUUAAUGAUGCUCGAGUUGCAUGCAAAAUGGCUGGUCUUCCAUGGAGAGGUGCACAAGCUUAUUCAGGACCACAAGUAUCAAAUCUGUUUGGUUCUGGUUUUGGUCCAAUUUGGCUUGACAAUGUCCAAUGUUCUGGUACUGAAAGUGAUCUGUUCUCUUGCCCUGCUAAUGCUGUUGGAAGUCAUAACUGUGUACAUUAUGAAGAUGCUGGUGCAAAGUGCGCUCCAGGACCAUGUGAGCUAGCAGGCUACACUAGUACUUGCUGUGAUCCUACUACUAGUAACUGUCAGGGAAUCAACUCAGAGGAAGUUUGCCAUUGCUCUCCUGAUUGUGAGGAACAUGGUGACUGUUGUAUUGACUACACACUUGCCUGCCGUUGUAACAAUAAUGAACUUCGUCUUCGUGGUGGGACUGUCCCUAAUGAGGGACGUGUUGAGCUCUGCUACAAUGGAGAAUGGGGCACAGUCUGUGAUGACUUUUGGAAUGCACCUGAUGCCAGAGUUGUCUGUAGACAGUUGGGAUACACAUACAACCUAGCUGCUUCUCAGGCUUUCUUAUAUGCUUACUUUGGUGCUGGUACUGGAAGUAUUUGGCUUGACAACGUCUUCUGUUCCGGUACUGAGACACACUUAGUCAACUGUUCAUCAAAUGCUAUUGGUUCACACAACUGCGGUCAUUAUGAGGAUGCUGGUGUUCGCUGUGCUGUUGCGGUAGCAGCUACUUGUCAGCAUGGUGCAGCAAGACUUGUUAGGGGUCCAAGUGAGAGAGAAGGACAACUUGAAGUGUGUUACAAUGGACAGUGGGGUACUGUCUGUGAUGACUUCUUUGGUCAAGUUGAUGCUAGGGUUGUUUGCAAGACAAUCUUCCCUAAUGAACCAUCUAAUGGUGCCCUCUUCAUACAGUACUCUUAUCAAUACUUUGGAUAUUCUACUCUUAACAACAUUGUGAUGGACAAUGUCCAGUGCUCUGGAAAUGAGCCAAACAUCACUAGCUGCCCUCAUAUCACCAACCACAACUGCUACAGGUGGGAGGACGUUGGUAUUGCUUGCUAUGAGCCUGGAGCCUACAACAAUCAACCAGCACUUGUUCCUGGACCUAAUGCUGGCCGUCUUCAAGUCUACUCCACUACAACAGGCUGGGGGACUGUCUGCAGGAAUACUUUUGAUCUCCAGGAUGCUAGAGUUGUGUGCAGGGAACUGGGACAACCAACCGGAAGUCCAAGGGUUUACGUGAAUCUUCAAUUUGGUCGUGGAUAUGGCUCAACCUCAACUAUAAUCAAAAACAUUGCUUGUACCGGAAACGAAACAAACUUUAACAACUGCUCCUUGUCCAAAACCGGCUACUGCUCUCAUUAUUCUGAUGUUGGUGUUGGCUGUGAGCAGGCUUGCGGUGAGAACCAGAUCCGACUCGUCGGCGGGGCCAACUACACUGAAGGACGACUUGAGGUGUGUCGUGAUGGACAGUGGGGAACCGUCUGUGAUAAUCCAAACUCUCGCACUUUUGCUACUGAAGAAGCUGUUGUCAUCUGCAAACAAUUGGGACUCCCAUACACUGCUGCUCAAGUCCAGUCAUUUGGUAGAGGAGCUGAUCCUAUACAUUACUCUAACCUCGACUGUAUUGGAAACGAAGCCAAUCUCGCCUCAUGUGCUAAAAACAUGAACCCAUCUUGCAGUUCCCAUACUUACGAUGUCGGCGUGACUUGUCAAGACUCAUGUACGACACAUGAAGUCCGCCUUGUUGAUGGCUCUUCACCUUCUGAGGGUCGCCUUGAGAUUUGUCUCGGAGGCACUUGGGGUACAGUCUGCGAUAGCCAAUUCCACAAUGUUGAUGCUCGUGUUGUUUGUAAGCAGCUGGGUCUGCCUUAUGGUGGAGCUGAGGCUACUUAUGAUGCUUCCUUUGGCCAGGGUGACGAUCAUGUUGCCAUCACUAAUCUCUACUGUACUGGAUCUGAGAGCAGUCUCGCCCAGUGUAACUAUCAAACAGGAUCCUCUGUCAGUUGUUCUCAUGCCAAUGAUGCCGGAGUUAUUUGCCAGAAUCCUUGUACUAAUGGUGCUAUUCGUGUUGCUGGAGCUUCCCUUCCUAAUGCUGGUCGUGUUGAGAUAUGCUACUAUCAACAGUGGGGAACUGUCUGUGACAAGAGCUGGGAUACCCCCGAUGUCCAGGUUGCCUGCUAUCAAUUGGGCUUUGAGAGAUCACCUGUUCGUGCAUUUGGUGGCAGUAAAUAUGGUCCAGGUAAUGGCGAUAUAUUCUUCAGAGAUGUUGCUUGUGCUGGUACUGAGGCUGGUCUCGGCUACUGUAUAUCAAACCCUGAUACCAGUGAAUGUACUCAUAAUGACGAUGCUGGUAUUCAGUGCAAUGGAGCUGCCAUCCUUCCAACUGCUACCCCAAUCGCACCUACAGGACCUCCACCAGAGAUUGUGUCAAACAUCACACAAAUCCCUAUUAAUGAUUACUCACACAGAGUUACCUGGAGCCCACCUCUUACAACCAAUGGCAUCAUUACUAACUACACAGUCACCAUUCAAGUUGUUGGUGGAUCAAUGCCACCCAACGUAACUACAAUACUUGGAAACAAGGCCACACUAGUAACCUUUACCACACUUAUGCCUGGUGUUCCAUACAUGAUGAAUAUCACGGCUAGUAAUAUCUAUGGAGCUGGCGAUGUUUAUUCUUACAUGUUCUUUACCAAUCAACUUACUCCAAACACACCAGUAACUAUCACUCAGCCAACACGUGUGGAUGAGAACACCAUCUCCAUCUCAUGGAUUCCACUCAAUACCUACCAGGCACGAGGAUAUGUCACUGGAUACCAGGUUGCUUAUGCAGUCUUUCAAGAAGGAGUCAAUCCACAAUGGACCACAGUUAAUACUGAUAGCACAACAACCUCAUGGACUUCACCAAAUACACUGAUAGCUUCUCAACGUUAUGCCGUGACUGUUGCUGGUAUAACUUCUGCUGGUCUUGGUCUAGCCACUAAUCCAAUGGUCAUUGUGCCAACUACAAGCACUGCUCUCUUCCAAUUGAAGAUUGCUCUCAAUGCUGGACAACAGUGCGGCACUUGGACUACUGAAUCAUCCACUGCCAAACUUACAACCAUUGUUAACAAAGUUGUCAUAGAGAUCAACAAACAGUGCCAGAACUGCUUCUCCUCUGCCCUCAUAGCCCAGCAGCGCUUCCAGUGCAAUCCUGACACAACCGAGUCCGACCAAGUCACAUUCAGGGCCCAACUAUUUGCUCCAGGAUCUCGUACUGCUACUGAUAUUGUUGGAUUUAUAAGCACAUGGGUCAUGGGUACCACAGCUCCUGCUACCGUUAACAUUGAUGGAGUUGAUUUCGCUGUUGAUUCAUCCUGCACUGCUGCAGUCUCUGACUUUAAUGCUGAUUUCUGUACCACUUCACGUCCGACUGUAGCCACUGGGUCUUCAUCUGGUCUUGGUACUGGAGCCACUGCUGGUAUAUCUGCAGCAGUUGUCAUUACUCUCCUUGCUGCUGUAUGUAUUGUAGUCGUUGUCGUUGUUUUCUUUGUCGUCUUUAACAAUCGCUCCAAAAAGUUCCCAGAUCAUGAUGUUGUAGGCUAUUCCAACAGAAUGGCAUUCCCUGAAGGAGGUGAUGAUAACAUCAGUCAGCACAUGGGCAGCACUGUUCAUGAUGAUGACUUCCAGGAGGCCCUCAACAUGAUCUCUGAUGACAUUGAUGACAAGGCUAAGCUUGAUGAAGGCCGUGUCUACAUGAACACAUAAACUAUAGUAGCGUAGUAAAACUUUGCUUUGCUGAUAUAUUUAUGCUUCCACGCAUCACUUAAACACUUUUUAACACAUUUUACUGGUAUAUAUAUAUUUUUUUCUUUUUAUUGCUACUUUAUAUUUAUUGUUAUGAUUGAGUAGUGCCUUAUUGCUUUUCCAUUUAUUAAUAAUUUUCUUCAAUAAUG